GUUAGUAUGGAAUUUCAUUUGCGUUUUUGCGUCAGGGACCGUUUCUUCUACACAUGGAGAAGUAUAAAGUCCAAGUAUAGCAAAAAGAAAUAUGUGUAAUAAGUUUGUCAUAACCACUCAGCUAAAGUUGAAUGAUAAAAAAAUGCGAAGUGUGUAAAAUUAAGUUUUAAAAUCAUGAAAAAAUAAGCAUAUUCUUUUGCUCUGAGGCGCUGAGGAUGUUUCUGCUGAAGGAACUGAAAGGAAGAUCAGCCCACUGCUCAGCAACAGGACACUCGGAAGCUAAGCCAGUAGCACUGUAACAUACACAACCCCCUUAGAAAAAAAACACUGAUGGUGCUUUACCUGGACUUUAAAUUCUGCAACCUCACUGCUAGAUGCCACUAAAUCCUUCACACUAGACCUUUAAGUACUUGGUAGAGUACCAAGGUAUCACACUGAUACAAAAUCAUAUCAUAAUCCUAUAUUGUCCUAUACACUGCCUGCAAUGAUCUUCUAUCAGAUAUAUUUAAGGAAUAGUUAUGGUGGUGUAAAGGGUAAUUGUCACUUUAUUUCAAAGGAACACAUACUGCAUAUCUGUGUGCAGCAGGAGGGGUUACAUCAAUCAAACUUCUCCCACAUUCCAGACUUCUAGACAUACAGUACAGUACAGUACAUCACAUCACAUCACAUCAUCGAACACUCAUCUAAUUGAAUCUUUGCCCCAUGUGGGUGGCACAUCAGAGGUCACCACAGCAAAUUUGGUGAAUCAGUAUGUCAAAUGUAUUUAACUUCAAACACACUCACACUCACUCUCUCUCUCACGCACACACACAGUUUUGUAAUAUUGACACAGCACCCACCUCACAUAGAUAAAAGCGACACGCUGAGGGGAUUUCUCAGUAAAAACCUGAAGACCAGACGGCUAUCCAGACAUGAAUUUGAACGAUGAUGGUGGCACAGAUGGAAAAAAUUCACACCAUAACACAGGAAACAAAGGAUCUAUGUGCACAGUCAGAGCUGGGUCCAGAAGUCUUCCUCGGUAUCCGCUGGUUAUCAUGUGUUUAGGACUGCUAAACACUAUUCUGAUGUUAACUGCUAUUGUUAUUGGAAUUUUCUGUGGCAACGUCAGCGAGGAAUCUCAUCCACACCAAAUAACAGCAGAAGCGCUCAUUGUAGAGGUGAAACAACUUCAGAAAAUGCAGACCGAAGCAAUUAAAGCUCAAGAAGAGGCCCAACAAGCAUUAGAGGAACAGCUCAGGAGCCAUCAGCAACUAAAACUGCAGUUAGAGCAGAACAAGACAGCCAGUGACGGCUUUCAGAGGCAGCUUGAGAUACUUCAAAUGGAGAAAGCAACACUGCAGUCCAGUACAUCUGAUAUUCGGGGAAAUUGCGGACGAUGCCAGUCAGGGUGGCUCUUGUUUAACACAUCAUGCUACUUCCAUUCUAUAUCAGCAUCCAAUCCUAGAAAGAACUGGACUGACAGCAGGGCGGACUGCAUCAGGCGUGGGGGCGAUCUGGCUGUGAUUGAUAGCUUGGAGGAGCAGCUCAAUCUUUUUGAGUACCUACCCAAACUGGAUAAAAGCAUUCGCCCAUGGUGGAGAAAGCCAGGGACUUGGAUUGGCCUGAUCGAUUUUCAUGGAGAAGGCAGUUGGGUGUGGAUAAAUAAUGUGACACUUCACAAUCAAGGGUACUGGAUACCAGGCCAGUCCAACAACCACGGAGUAGGUGGUCAACGAUGUGGAGCAAUCAUGAACAUUGAGAACCCAAUGGCAACGUGGUAUGAUGCAACCUGCCCAGUUGAAAAGGAAUAUUUAUGUGAAAUGGAACCCAACUAGCUGUGGAGAGCACGGCAGUCCGUAUCCAGGCCAGAGUUUUAGUCUACUCAUGAUGUGAUGCUCUUGACUAACACACUGAUGCUUUUCAUGAACACUUUAUUAAUACAACAGAUGGUUUUUUUUAUUCUUAUUCAUGUUUAUUUUCUGUUGCCAUAACUUCUUUUGUCACUGCUUGGUUAAAACUCUUUUAAAGUUGGUUUAUUCUUAGCAGUGGUGGAAAAAGUAUUGAGAUGUUUUACUCAAGUAAUGAAGUUAAAAAAAAAAAAAAAAAAACUCUAUUAAAAGUCCUGCACGGACAAAAUGUUACCCAAGUAAAAGUAGAGAA